AUGGGGUCGUCGCUGUCAAAGUGCGGUAAAUGCGGAUCAAAUGUGGGCUCAUUUCUCACGUACGAUGAGAUCAAACAAGUGGUCAAACGGGGAGACCUCAUCGAAAUCCAGCGCACGUGGUGGUUAAAGCAUUGGGUGAUAUGCGAGUCCAAAACUGACCAGGGUAUCAUCUGGUGCUAUCACGUGACCCCUGAGGCCAGAAAGGACAAGAAGGUGGUGUACGUGCGAUACCAGUCGUUGCUCGAAAUUCUCUGCAAUGAUCCCGAAGAGGACAUUGUGGCGGCUCAGGAGUGGGAGGGGGACGAGGAGUUGGCGGCGACUAAUGUUGCGGAUGGGGUCAAAGGGCGUGAUUUGUGUCGUGUGAACAAUCAGGAGGGUGUGGCCAAGCGUUUUGGAGUGACCGCCCGACCACUGGAUCUGGUGUUUAACGAGUUAAACACAUUGAAGGAUAAGCGAGUGGUGUAUGAGCUGAAUCGUCGAAACUGCGAGUGUUAUUGUACUAAAUGGAAAUACGGGAAAGGGUGGUCGGAACAGGUCAAUAAAGUGGAACUGGCGAUUAGAUGGGCGACACUUGGGGUUCGUGUGUGCCUGAAGUUUGUGACUAACCCACUAGUUCUUAGCGUGGGUUUCGUCCUUUUGUUAUCAUUGAUGGUCUACUUUGGCGUUCAAGAGAUGUGUCCGGAUAGAGCUAUUGGUAUCAAUGAGACGUUCAAACAGUACGGACACCACAUUAAAUCUACUAUUGUUGAGACUGUCAAGCAAUUGUCGAAAUUAUUUUAA